AUCCACGCUGCCCAUCCUGGCGUUCGCCCUCCAGCCGGGGCCGUUGGACGGUUUUAAAGUAUCCGCAGUGCUUGGUGCUAACCCGUGGCAGGGCCCGAGUGCAGCAUCAGCACCCCGCGGUCCCAGCCCCGGCUGGGAAGCACCCCGAGAGCCAGCAGGCACCGCGCAGUGCUUGGGUGGCACCGGGCUGGCGCCCUAGCGCGUCUACACAGGACAGUUACUGGGCAUAAGCCAAGGUGUGGGUUUAAACUGCUGGUGCGGUGCUGGAGCGACUCCCGUGGGCACACUGUUCUGGGGUGAGGGGCCUUUCCUAAGACACUGGUAUUGGGGGAGUGGAGUGCUGGCAAGGGGGCACAGCACUCCUGCGACUGGAGGAGCUGCCCAUGUAGACGAGCCCUUGGCUAGGUGAACAGGCGCUGAGAGGAGGCUUCACAGAGAUUACAGUGUGUGCUGUGGAAGAGCCAUGCCCCAACCUCGCCUCGUGCUCUCCCCAGCCCCUCUCUUGUGGCUGCCUUGCCACGCGUCUGGCUUUGCAUCAGAGUGGAGCACCCGAGUUGAGAUCCAUGCGUCCCUCACCGUGAGCCAUUUUCUCCAGUCCUCAGGGUCUGAGCCAUCGUCUGGGCCAGGAUGAGCUGGAGUUUCCUGACCCGGCUCCUGGAGGAGAUCAACAACCACUCAACCUUUGUGGGCAAGGUCUGGCUCACUGUCCUCAUCAUCUUCCGCAUCGUGCUGACUGCCGUGGGUGGGGAGUCCAUUUACUAUGAUGAGCAGAGCAAGUUUGUGUGUAACACGCAGCAGCCGGGCUGCGAGAACGUCUGCUACGAUGCCUUCGCACCCCUCUCCCAUGUCCGCUUCUGGAUCUUCCAGAUCAUCAUGGUGGCCACGCCCUCCGUCAUGUACCUGGGCUUCGCCAUGCACCGCCUUGCCCGCGGGCCAGAGGGCCGCCGGCGGGGAAGCGGGGGCCCGCGGGUGCGCAUGCCCGUAGUGCGGCGGGGCGCCGGGCGGGACUACGAGGAGGCAGAGGAGGAUAACGAGGAGGAUCCCAUGAUCUUUGAGGAGAUCGAGGUGGAGAAGGAGAAGGGCAAGGGCGGGGAGGGGGGCGAGAAACAUGAUGGGCGCCGGCGGAUCCGCCAGGACGGGCUGAUGAAGGCCUACGUGCUGCAGCUGUUGUGCCGCUCGGUGCUGGAGGUGGCCUUCCUCUUCGGGCAGUACGUGCUGUACCACUUUGAGGUGAGCCCCUCCUACGUGUGCAGCCGCAGCCCCUGCCCGCACAUCGUCGACUGCUUUGUCUCCCGGCCCACCGAGAAGACCAUCUUCCUGCUCAUCAUGUACGCGGUCAGUGGGCUCUGCCUCUUCCUCAACCUCCUCGAGCUCUGUCACCUGGGGGUCGGCCGCAUCCGGGACUUGCUGCACCAGGGCAGCGACAGCCCGAGCCCCCACGACAGCCACCCUGGGCCGCACUAUGCCAAGAAGGCCCCCAGCGCGCCUCCCACCUACCACUCGCUGAAGAAAGAGCCCCCCAAGGGCCAACUGGCCAACGGGAAGCUGGACUACAGCGAGAACCUGGCCAGCUCUCCGGCCGAGCGCUCCCGCGAGCACGAGCUGGACCGGCUGCACAAGCACCUCCGCAUGGCCCAGGAGCACCUGGAGAUGGCCUUCCAGCUGAACCCCACACUGGAGACGGCCAGCCCCUCGCGCAGCAGCAGCCCUGAGGCCAACGGUCUCGCUGCCGAGCAGAACCGCCUCAACUUGGCCCACGAAAAUGAAGGAUCUGCUUGCGAGAGAACCACAGGAUUGUGAGAGGCUGGGCCCCUCGGGGCAGCUGCAGAGAUGGCGACGGAAUGGCUGGGACUGGCAAUAUGCUCCUGAGGAGACCACUGGAACCUGGACAGCCUGUGCUGGGGAAACGGGGGGGAGGGGGGGGGGAAGAGACCGGACCACACAGGGUUGGGGGCUGCGCUUCCGAGGAGGGAGGAGGGCUGGGCUGGGAAGCCCUCUGCCUCCUGUGAGGCUCCAGCAGGGCAGGCUGGCAUGGGAAAGUGACUUGGGGGAGGAACAUUCCUUCACUUGUCUCACUUUUUUAGAAAAGGGAAUCUUGUAUUUUUGUACUUUUUAUAAACUUCUCAGUGCACAUCCCCAGCCCCAAACACCUGCGGCCCUCCCCACUGGGACCUUCAGCCAGCCCCAGCCCCCCCCCCCCCCCCACUCAGCAGUGAGGGAUGCUGCACUGUCGUGGGAAAGGGCUUGUGUGCAGUCGCAUGGAGGCUUUCUCACGGUGGCAGGGAGCUGUCGCCGAGUGGGAAUCCCAUGGGAUCCAGCGGGGCUGGGCUUAUGCACACCAUUCCCUUGAGGUCCUUCCUCCGAGCUGGGUCUGACAUCUUCUCGAUCUCGUGGCUGCAACCGGCCUGGGGGAGCCAAGCCAGUGGACACGUCUACCCAGAGUUGCAGGCAGACUGGGUCGCACCGAGCUUUAAAUAUGGGGCAGCCGUUCCCUGUGGGGGGAGGGGAGCUGGUUCCCCGCUGAGCUGCAAGUGGGAAUGGCCAGUCUCUGCGUGGGAGAGCCCAGGUCCCUGGGUUUUUGUCAGGGGGCCUGUUCCCACCUAAUGCUCAUGCUCUCUGGAUUGGCUGGUGUAGGGGGUUGUAGAUUAGCAAGAGGCUGAGCAGGUCUCUGGGGGGAGAAUAGGGCACUACGAGGUGAGGGAGGGCAGGGGCCGUGCUGAGGGGGCAGCUGUGCUGUAAACUCAGCCCCAAGGGCCAAAGACCCGCACUGAUUGUAAAGCAGCUUGUGGAGGCAGCGGCACAAGGCCCCCCCACGUCGCACACGUAGGUACGAACUGCCAGGCUGGGGGCUCUGCCCAGGCCCUGGGGUCUGAUUUGCAUGGGGAAGAGGGACUGGCAUCUCCGGCUCCCUGCCAGCGGGACCAAUGUGGCAGGGGCCCCUACCCAGCCUGUCUCCUUCACUUCCCCUGCCGGCAGCUUUGCACCUGGCUGGCUGGUGCCUGGGCCAAAGCGAUUCGGUUACAUUCCAAGACUCAGGCAUCCCGGAGGCAUCUGCUUUCCUGCCUGGGGCAUGGCGCGGCAAACACGGGUUCCUGUGCUGUGGCAGGGCCUGCCUGCCUUCGGACAGUCCAGAACCAGCUGGGGAAUGCUGGGUGUGUCUGAUCAUCUCAGCCUGGGUCACGUGAUUAUUUUGUCUCUUUGCUUUUUACUCAAACGAUUAUGAAGUUUUUAUAUUUUAGUAAAACUUGGAGAUGUUUUGUA